AACAUGUUAUCAGUAACCAACUGGGGUUUUGAACGGGUCCAAAGAUCCGUCCCCUUUAUCUCCCUUCUGCCGAAGAGGAUCCUGGAAACCUACCUUUGACGACAAUCUAUCCCUUCGGUGUUAAGGUUGCGUUAUAUUCUAAGCGCCCGAGAAGAUUGCGUUGGCUUCCUUUGCAUAUGUCCUGCAUAUAUUCAAGGUUGAUAUCUCCUUCUGAUAAGCAGUCUUCCAAUGGUAGGGCAUACCUUCAUCCAGCAGUCUUUGGUUGAUACCAGCAUAGGCUUGUUGCCAAUCCUCGUGCGACGAGUAUAAAUUCAGAGGUUCAACACCGUUACACACCUUCACACUCAGUUACCUUAGUUCCAUCAGUUUCAUCAGUUUCAUCAGUUUCAUCAGUUCCAUCAGUUGCACAAACUAAAGAUCAAAGUAAAGAUAAAAAUGCCUGCGAAGACUUUCCAGAAAUAUGACCCCUUUCCAGCACUGAGUCUAUCGAGCCGAAAGUGGCCCGAUAACUCUAUUACGAAACCACCUCGAUGGCUAUCAACGGAUUUGAGAGAUGGAAAUCAAGCUCUGGUUCAACCCAUGGACAGCGAAGCUAAACGCCGCUACUUCCAAGCUCUCGUGAAACUUGGAUAUAAAGAAAUCGAAAUUUCGUAUCCAGCAGCAUCACAAACUGAGUGGGAUUUCACAAGAGAACUUAUAACCACACCGGGAGCCAUUCCGGACGAUGUUAGGAUUCAAGUCAUGGCCCCUUGCCGCGAAGAUCUAAUUCGUCGGACUAUAGAGGCAGCUCGAGGCGCGAGGAGUGCUAUCGUUCACAUACACUUAUCCACGUCCCGCUGCUUCCGCGAGGUCGUGUUUAAUAUGACUGAGAACGAGAUGAAAGAUCUGGCAGUCCGCUGCACUCGGCUGAUCCGAGAGUUGACUAAGGAGUCAACUGAUCCAGAAAUCAGGAGUACGGAAUGGACUCUACAAUUCUGCCCAGAAAACUUUCAGGAUACAUCCAUUGAAUAUGCUCUCGAGAUAUGCGAGGCUGUUAAGGCUACUUGGCAGCCUACGCAGGAUAACCCGAUUAUUUUCAACCUAACCGCCACGGUCGAGGUUGCAAUGCCUAAUGUUUUCGCAGACCAGAUAGAGUACUUUUGUACUCAUAUCACAGAGAGGGAGAAAGUCUGUGUGUCGCUGCAUAACCAUAACGAUCGUGGCAGUGCCGUAGCAGCUGCUGAACUAGGCCUGCUAGCCGGCGCUGAUCGGAUCGAGGGCUGUCUAUUCGGCAACGGAGAAAGGACUGGCAAUGUGGACUUGGUUACGCUUGCAAUGAAUCUCCACACCCAGGGUAUCUACUCAGGGAUUGACUUUUCGGACGUGAAGUCGGUCGUUGCUAUGGUUGAGGAACUCACUAAAGUUCCUGUCCACGUUCGGGCGCCGUAUGCGGGCGCGUACACAUUUUGCACAUUCAGCGGCAGUCAUCAAGACGCCAUCAGGAAGGGGUACAAGGCGCGUGCCAAGAUGGAAAGGAAGCUUGGCAAAGAACCUAAAUGGGUGAUGCCGUAUCUCGCCAUGGACCCUGCAGAUCUAGGACGUGAGCACGAAGCGAUCAUCCGCAUCAACUCGCAAUGUGGGAAGGGCGGUAUCGGCUGGUUAGUCGAGGAGCUUUUCGGCAUCAAGCCGCCUCGAGAAUUAGAGAUCGCUUUUACGAAAAUUUGUAAAGCGCACGCCGACGAUAUGGGCAUUGAGCUCACUCAUGGUAUUAUUGAGAAUCUUUUCCGUUCUAGGUAUAUGCAGGCCGAAGGCCAUGGCGGCGCUACACGGGUCAAGGUUCAGGAGUGCGAGAUUGGUAAGCACAAUACCAAUGGCGCAAAUGACACAAAUGGUACCCAUUUUGACGGCCAAGCCCUUAAGAAUGGAUAUUCAAAUGGCCACGGAAAGUCCGGAUCUGCAUAUCUCCGGGCUACUAUCGCCGCGGAAGGCGGCACAUACGAUCUCUGCGGCACGGGUAGCGACGUCUUGGCUAGUGUACUAGACUCUAUGCGGAAGGCUGGAAGCACAUUCGAACUUCUCGUCCACGAGUCGCAGAACACUGAUAAUGCAUCUGAAGAUAUCUUCACUUCCAAGACCGCGAUCAUGGUCAAGCUGGGUACCUCAGACAGAACCACGGCCUGGGGCGUUGGAAUUCACGAGAGGCCCGAGUGGUCUACUUUACAAGCGGUGAGUUUAAGAUUUUUAACUCUUGCAUGCAUACUACCUAGUACCUUAUCUAUCGCCUAUAAGAUCUACGUCUUACUGACAGAAACCCAGGUUUUGAGUGCGGCUCAGCAGCUUGGAGUGGAUGGCUGGCAGAAGUUACAGAUGCAGGAAGCUUAAGAGGGGGGCUAAGGGGGUAAAUCCGACUAGAAAUUUGCUCGUGGCGCAAGACUGUCUAGAUUGAAAUAUCUGCGCACCGUGUGGCUUUUUUUGUUUAGUGGUUGAGUUCUCUAGAUAGACUUGAGCUAUAGAGGCUAUCCCCUAGAAUUUAGCGAGUAGAUCUCAAUAAAGUCUCUGUUUUGACCAAAGUAUAAUACA